AUGAAUAUGAAUUUGAAAAAUAUAAACUUAGAAGAUGAAGACAUAAAUAAGAGAGUAAAAAAUAAAAGAAUUGUGCAUAUAAAAAAUACAUAUAUAUCCCCAUAUGUUCUUUAUAAUAAAAAGGGGAAUAGUAAUAAUCAACUUGAUAAAUUAAAUAAAAUAUUUAUUAAUGAAAAUAAUUGUAGAUUUUCAAAGGAAUAUUAUAAUUAUGUCAAAGAUGGUGAUACAUGUAAUAGUGCAGAAAAUGAUCUUGAAUAUUUGACAACAAAUGUUAAGCAAAACAAUACCCCAAAUUAUGAGCAAUGUAAUAAUGAAAAAAAAAUAUUAAAAUAUGGCUUAUUGAAUGAACAAAAUAUGAAAUUUUUAAAAAAAAAAAAAGAAGAAGAUUUUGAAUUAAACACAAUGUCUACCAUGAUACAUAUUUAUUCUGAUUGUGAAAGUGAUAAAGACAAUGAAACGAUAACAAAUGAAUAUAAUGAUUUAAUAGAUUGUAUAAAAAAAAUUAAUAUUUCCAAUAAUAAAUCUGUUAUUAAUAAUGAUAAAAAAAUAGAGGAUACUGUAUUAAGUCCUUAUGAGCAACAUAGAAAAUGUAGUUAUCAGACAAUUGGAAGUAAAGAAAUUUCUACUAACCAAACUAAUGGCAAUAAUAGUGAUGAUAAUGGAGAGAAAUGUGUGCAUAAAUUAAAUAAUUUUAUAUCUAUUCCUUCAGUGUCAAACAAAAGUUGCAUAGAACAUGCACAUGUUCAGAAUAAUAAUAUGGGCACCGUACAUUAUGAUAAUUUUAUUUGUAAUAAAGAAAAUCAUGAUAAUAAUGCAAAUGAUACUAUAUAUAAAUGUGAAGAAUCCAUACCUCUUGGAACAAUAUUAAAUAUUCAUAAUUUAGAUAGUAAUAAUAAUAAUGCUCUUACAACAGUUAUGUUAAGGAAUAUACCAAAUAAAUAUACACAAAAUAUGCUAAUGGAUGUUAUGAAUGAGCAUUUUAAAGGUUUAUAUGAUUUUUUUUAUUUGCCAAUUGAUUUUCGAAACAAAUGUAAUGUUGGUUAUGCAUUUAUUAAUUUUAUACAUCCUCAUUAUGCUGAACUGUUUAUUAAAUUUUUUAAUAAUUAUAAAUUAAAUGCAUUUAAAAGUAAUAAAAUAUGCACUGUUACAUGGGGAAGAGUACAAGGAUUGAAGGCUAAUAUUGAACAUUACAGAAAUUCAGCAAUUAUGACUAUAUCUGUCCCUCAAUAUAAACCUAUACUUUUUCAAAACGGAAUAUCAGUUUCAUGGCCUGAAUCAGAUGGUCCACUACCAGCUAUCAAAUUACGAUCACACAAAUAUUAG